CAGAAAGAGACGCAGCUGGUAUCAUCAACACACACAUGGGCGACGUGCUAAUAUGUUCAAAAGACCCUGCAUGUGGCACACGUUGUAUAUUCAUUUUAUAUUUCUCUCCUCCCUCCUCCACUGGAUUUUUCCAGCUUCAAGUGGUUUUACUUCAGCCAAACCAAAUCGUUAAGAACAGAGAGAUAUAGGAAGCCUUAUAGAAAUGGCUAUGCCUUUGGAAGUGGCGAUGCAGCUGACGAAAACGGUAUGGUUGGCUCUGAGCAGCUGGAUUUUCACAUGUUUGUGUAUCGCUGAUGAAAUCGCCGGUUCUCUCAGAAACCAAGAUAUGGGCCAUUUCCAUCUCGGAUGAUCGGUUUAGAGAUUCUGCAUUCUUUCCAUGGCUUCAGAGAAUUGUUUCUUUUUCAUGUUUUUUAUUGCAAUGAGAAUCAUCUCGAAAUUACUUUGAAAACUUAAAGUUGUAGGGUUUGUGUUUACUAUUUAUAGAGGAGAUCGUAUAAGGUCAUUAUGUGUUCGAUGUAAAGCAGAAUCUGAUAUAUAUAAAUAUGUCUUUAGUUUGUGUGUGUGUUUCUAGUGAUUUGAGAGAAUAAUCUUGAGCUUUUCUUAUAUAAUAAACGAGGCUGCUUGAUGUUU